UUUUGAUUUUUUUGACCACCAAAAAAUAGAAGGAACAUAUUAUGAUCUGUUUAAUUGUUUUUUUUAAAUGCUAUUUCUCCCUCUAUUUUGGCGCCAAAUAAAACAGCAAGUACCCUAGCAACAUAAUACAUAUCAUCAUCAAAUCCCCAAAGGAGAAGAAGAAAGAAGGUCUGGAAGUGGGAGAUUGGAUCAAUGGCUUCGAGUCAGGUAGAAGGAUUAUCGCUUCCUAUGGACGAUUAUGAGACCUUGCUUUCCACCACUGACGUUGAGCUGCUCAAGAGAGUAUGGCGUAACGAGAAGGCGGCUCCCGAAAUUCUUCGUUUCGAGACCGGUCUGAUUGACCGCAUUAAAGAGCAGAUCCAACUAAUGGAAGAAACAGUGGAGGAGAAAUCAGCCGCUGGCGUUGAUCCCCUUUCAAUAUCUCUCUAUCAGAUGGACUUGGAUAGAGCCCAGUUUUUACUUAGAUCGUACCUCCGGAUUCGCAUUCAGAAGAUUGAAAAAUUCGUCUUCCACAUUGCGAAAACUGAUGAACUUUGGAAUAAGCUGUCUAAAGAAGAGAAAAUUUUCGCUAGAAGGUGUACUGAAGAUCUAAAACAACACUUGGAGGAUAGUGUUCUAUCAAAGCUGCCCGAAAAUUAUCAAUCUUUCCAGAAGCAAUCUGUAAUAAGUGAAGAGGACGACAUGAUUCCAGAACCAACACUAGACACAUUUGUAGUGUGCAGAAGCAAAGAGUAUCUCACAGGCAUCCAGCUUGAGGAUGGGCCAGUUGAUGACAGGUCGAUGCUGUUUGAGAUGGAGCCCGGUGUCCUGCACUUCAUAUGUUAUAAGUCUAUAAAGGCACUUGUGGAGAGCGGGAAAAUUGAACUUCUCUGAUACUUUCAUGCUGUGGGAGACAAUGUUUAUAUGAGAUGUUUUCUACUAUAUGCCCCCCUCGUAAUUCUCGAGUUUCUUAAAGCUUCAUUUUAUAUGGCCGUAUGCCUGUCCUAUAAUAUGAUGCGGGAAUAUAUGUGAUCCUUGUUGGGAUGUAUUUAAUGCAUCAUUUACUACCAAGACUGAAAUCUUAAUCAAUUACUUAAAAAUAAA